CUAUGGUAUACAAGCACUUAAUAGAACAGUUUGUCCUUCGGAGUCCGGUUGGCUACAAUCGCGUAAACAUAUUGCGUACACACACAUACAUGAUGAACACUGCGAACUGCAGUAAUAUACGAUAAUUCUUAGCACGCUAGACGCAAGACGUCUCAACGUUUUACGCAGCUCGUGCAGUAGUACGUUAUGAUUACAUAUUAUUAUUAUUAUUGUCGUUUUUGUUGCUGUUGUCUUUUUACUAUUUGAAAUUUUGAAUCGAUUUGUAAUUGGACGUUUCGCGAUAAACAUAUUCCAAUUCUAACUGAUAGCCGAUAGGUUGUUAAUUAUUAUACAUAUCGCGAGAAACUUUCGCAUCCCUAGCGAUAAGUUUAUUUUCUACCGUACCGUGCGGGUUUUCUUCACGUCUUCCGGUGUCUGCCAUUUGUUAUUCGCCGCACUAAAAAAUAAUUAAGCAGCAGUAAUUUCGUCUCGUCGACGUAUAAAACCAUGGAGGCGACGAAGUCUUGGUUGACAUUAUGUUUAUGUUUCGUUUUGGGCACAACAGGAACGGGCAUAUUAUGUAAUCCAUUAAUUGAAAAACGACAAACUAAAUCAUGUUCAGUAGAGAUGUUCAAAUGUACAAAUGGACAGUGUAUUGAUUCAUUAUCAAUUUGUGAUGGACUUGCAGAUUGUUCAGAUCAGUCAGAUGAGACUCAAAGUUUGUGUGCUCCAUUGUUUAAAACAUGUCCGAGCUCUGCAUUUCGUUGUAAUUAUGGGGCUUGUAUAAGUAAAAGUGCAAAAUGUAAUGGUAAAAAUGAUUGUAUCGAUGGUUCAGAUGAAAACUUACCUGAAUGUAAAAAACUACCCUUAGUAAUUUCUUCAAAUUCUCCACAAACGCAACAAGCCCAAGUAACCAGUCAGUCUAAAUGCAUAUAUAAAGAAGAAUACAGCUGUAAAUCUGGUCAAUGCAUAGAUAUAACAUCCAUAUGUGAUGGAGUUUCAGAUUGCAAUGACAAAUCUGAUGAAACAUUGGAAUUGUGUAACUCAGUUGUGUGUCCAAAGAAUACAUUCAAAUGCAACUAUGGUGCUUGUAUAAGUAAACAGAGAAAAUGCGACGGUUCACGGAACUGUGCUGAUGGUUCUGACGAAUUGGGCUGUAAUGACACUGAAAAUUCCAAAACUACAACUUCAGCUACUCCAAUUACACAAAUCACAUGGAAACCUAUUAGUCAAACUACUACCUUGGAAUCAUUUUAUCAAACUAUUAAACCACCAACACAGACUACUAAUAAGGGGGGAUGUGUGAUACCAAACGUUGAGGGCACUGUGUAUUCUUUGUUCCAAGUUGAAUCAGAUCAAUAUCCUAUUUUAUCUCCUGGAACUUAUGUUAAUCUCAAUACCACAGUUGAGGAGAACUGUAAUGAGGGAUACUAUAAAACUACUUCUAAUAGAAUUAUAAUUUGUUCAGGAAAUGGAAAAUGGAAACCGACGUUUGAUAAAUUAUGUUUGAAAAGAUGUCCACCUGUGUUUUCGGACAGUCUAGAUGUUGAAUGUGUUUUCCAAGGUAAAAAAGAAAAUUGUUCAACCUCAUCAGCACCAGACACUAUAUUAACACCAAAAUGUAAAGUCACGCACACUGUACCAAAUGGACAAAUAGAGACACCUAUCAAAUUACGUUGUCAAAAAGAUGGGAAUUGGAGUAAUCGACUUUAUACGUGUAUUCCAUAUUGUGGUCGGCCAUAUACUCCACACCAAGCAUUGAUUUUAGGAGGUAAUGAAGCUGUUUAUGGAUCAGCACCUUGGAAUGUUGGAGUAUAUCGUAAAAACAAAAAUACUUUUAACUUGAUAUGUGGAGGAUCACUGAUUGCUCCAAAUUUAGUCGUAUCUGCUGCUCAUUGUUUUUGGCAAGAAGGGUUAAUAGAAAGAAUAUUAUUAAACGAUGGUAGAUAUAAAAUUUCUGUUGGAAAGUAUAAAAGUGACAUCACAAUCAAAGACAAUGCAUUUACUCAGAUUGUCGAUGUGGGAUUGAUUUACUUGAAGGAGAGCUAUUAUGGUUCUUUAGGGAAUCAUGCUGAUGAUAUAGCCAUUCUUGUGUUACCAAUCAAAAUUCCAAUGAGCAAUGUAGUUUCACCUGUUUGUAUGGAUUGGUCUAAACAAUAUUCCAUUUCAAAUGGAAUUAUUGGACAAGUUGUUGGCUGGGGAAAAACAGAAAAAAUGGUUGAAAGCUCAGUUUUAUUAGAAGCUAACCUACCAUAUAUUGACCAUCAGACAUGUCGAAAUAUGUAUAUAAACGGAUUUCAAAAUUUUGUUACAAUUGAUAAAUUCUGUGCUGGUACUAAAACUGGACAAGGAGUUCAUCAAGGCGAUAGUGGUGCUGGAUUAACCUUUGUGCAUAAUUCUUUACAUUUUUUAACUGGAAUUGUGAGUGUAAAGGAUCCAGCUACAAAUGAUUCAAUUGCAGUUUUUACAGACGUUAAUCGCCAUAUUGGAUGGAUUUAUGAAAUUUUUACUAAUUAUACUUAUGCAAGUGAUAGUUUUUUUAAGACUAUUAGAUAGUGCAGUAAAAAUAACCAAUAAGUAUAUCAUACCGUCAUUUUUUUAUUAUUGUAUUUA